GAGAGAUUUGGGCGCGGGGGGCCCAUCUAAGCUUAUCUCGUCCCGGGCCCAGGCAAGACUGUCAGCUGGCCUGCAGGCAGACACACUACUGCAGUGUUUACCAAUGUUGCCACCUGCUAACGUAGACCUUGUGAGCCCGAUCUAUUCUUCCCCUCAUCUCUUAUACUUUCUUUCUUGGUUAUCUUCUCGUAACACACGCCAGGGUGGGGGCCCCUGUAUUAUGUCUCGUCCUCAUUUGCUCUCAAGUGAAGCGAUCUUGUUCGCCAAGGUAAAGCAGACUUCCUAAAAUUCAGGAAUCCUCCAAAUUAUCCUCCAGGACCUCUGGCUCUUUCCCUUGUGGGAUAUUUCCUCAGUGUAGACAUGACACAUCCACACAUUUAUUUUACUAAGCUGGCUGACAUCUAUGGGAAUGUGUUCAGUGUCCGCCUUGGCGGUGAGAAGAUGGUGUUUGUGUCUGGGUAUAGGAUGGUGAAGGAAGCCAUAGUGACACAAGCUGAGAAUUUUGUGGAUCGACCAUACAAUGCAAUAAAUGACAGACUAUACUCAGGAGACUCAGGUGGUCUGUUCUCAAGCAGCGGUGAAACAUGGAAGAGACAGCGACGCUUUGCCUUGUCUACCUUACGAAGCUUUGGCCUGGGAAAAGGUACUAUGGAGCAGAGUAUCUGUGAGGAGAGCCGACAUCUGCAGGAGGAGAUAGAGAAGGAGAAAGACAAAGUCCAGGCAGAGAUAGACAGAGUGAUCGGACAGAUCCAACUGCCCAGAAUGGCAGACAGACCUAACCUGCCCUACACUGACGCUGUCAUCCACGAAAUCCAGAGGAUGGGAAACAUUGUUCCUCUCAAUUUAGUUAGAAUGGCUGCCAAGGACACAACACUGGGUGGUUACGUCAUACCCAAGGGUACGUCCUUGUUGCCCAACUUGACGUCUGUGCUGUUUGACAAGACUGAAUGGGAGACGCCAGACACCUUUAAUCCUAGACACUUCCUAGAUGCUGAGGGAAAGUUUGUGAAAAGAGAUGCUUUCCUGCCUUUCUCUGCAGGGAAACGCGUGUGUCUCGGGGAAGGCCUCGCCAAAAUGGAGCUGUUCCUGUUUUUGGUCGGUUUACUACAGAAGUUAUCUUUCUCCGUUCCUGAUGGAGUAGAGUUAAGUACAGAAGGAGUUACUGGAUUAACACUUGUACCGCACUCCUUCAAUGUUUACACCAAGGCUCGCUGAAUUAUACCAUAUCUCACUGAAUCAGGACUGGUUGCAUGAAGAAGCCGGCUUGUAUAGAGAAGUCUUUUUCAAUACAGCAUGUUGGGGUUUUCCUCCUCUGUGUCUCCCCUUUUGGGACAAUGUGUCUGACUCCAAAUAAAAGACCUGCACAUUGGUUAAAUUGGUAUUACAUUGAUCCUAAGCAGGAGCCAAAUAAGAUGAUAAGAUAAAGUCAAAUACAUUUGUUUAAUCGGUCAAGAAUCAGAGUUUCAAUACAUAGAUCUGUGGGAUCACAAAGCACGCAGAGACUCAGUUUCCCUAGCAACAGACAAAAAUCCUGAGCCGGUUCACGUAUCUCUAGACUGUCAGACCUAGUGAGCCCCAAUGUAUUCUUCCCCUCAUCUCUUAUACUUUCUUUCUUGGGCCCCCUCUUCUUCUUCCGCACCGGGACAGCUAUCUUCACACAACACCCGCCAGGGGCCCAUUAUAGUGCGUUCCAUGUGUACUCGGAUUUUCCGAGGUCAAAGUCGGAAACAUUCCCCCUGACCUCGGAUUUCCGAGCUCAGAACUCGGACAACCUCGCAGUAGCCCGAAUUCAAAAUCAAACAUGGCUGCCCCCUGUAUUAACAGUUGUGAAAGUUGUAGUAACAAAAAAUUCACUCAGUCAUUCACACAGGCAUGUUCAACUUCUAUCUGUGGACAUGUUACGCUGUUUGUAUGCACAAAAAACGGCGUAUCAACUGGUAUUGCUAACAAUGGCUAACCGGGCUAGAGCGAAUGAAAACAAUGAAAAUCCGACUCGUAAAUGGAACGCAUUCAACUCGGGUGUGACGUCAUUCCCAGCUCCGGCUUCCGAGUUCCGAGGUAAAUGGAACGCACUAUUAGCCGUGUCAUCCUUAAAAGCUUCACCCUCUUAUCCAACAUAGUGUAGAAAUAUAUUGGGUUUAGAAUAAGAAUGUCCUGUAGCCUGGGAUGGCCUCGCUGUCUCCUCCUGUCUGGCAUGUGUAAG